AUAUAUUAUUUUUUUUUUUUUUUUCAGUUGGUGAUUGAAAAUGUUGCCGCGAGCAAGAAAGCGUUGCAUUCAUUGUUCCAACAACAGUGACAUCAUCAACAGUGACAACAACGAUAGUGAUGAGAAGAAAGCGGUAAAUUACUUUAAAGAAAUCGAUAGGCUUGACUCAUUUUUUAAAGGUAAUAAAACUAUUUGGCCGCAUCAAUAUCCAAAACCGAAUCAUUUAGCAGAGGCCGGCUUCUACUUUUUAAAAGUUUUCGAUAGAACAAAAUGUGUUUUUUGCAAUGUAGUUUUGGAAAAUUGGGAAGUGAGUGAUUAUGCUAUUUUUGAACAUAAAAAAUGGUCACCGAAGUGCGGCUUCAUAAACAAUUAUCUUGUUGGUAAUAUUCGUACAACGUCAACUUUUCAGAAAAACCCAGACUACAAUGAACAAUACGAACGUGAAAAUUCAUUUAUGAAAAUGGAAUGUUUGCCGAAAAAUUUCAAACAGUUAGCAAGUGAGGGAUUUUAUUAUGGUAUUGAUUUUUCAAAUUCGAAUGGAUUUGGUCUUAUUUGCAGUGGUUGUCGUAUGUGGGCAGACACAUCGAUCAAUAAAUACCAAUUGAGGGAUUUACACAUUCAAUCAUCGCCAAAUUGCGAUUUUGUUAAAAAAAGUUGCGAAGCAGAAGAAGAAGAAGAAGAAGAGAAGAAGAAGAAGAUGAUGAUAAAGACAUAACCUAUUAGCAGUGUGUGUGUGUGUGUGAUAAGUAUUCCAGUUUUAAUUAGCAGUUAAGUGUGAAGAACAAUAAAGACAUGCGCCUAGAGUGGGCUAAUCAGUUUUAGGGGACAUUAGAAGAACAUUAUUUGUAUGAUAGAAGUAUUCAGUUGAAAAAACUGAUGGGAUGACAGUGAAGGCAGUUAAGUGUGAAGAACAACAAAGACAUCCACCUAGAGUGAGCUAAUCAGUUUUAGGAGCACAUUAGAAGAACUUUAUUUGUAUGAUAGAAGUAUUCAGUUGAAAAAGACUGAUAACAUUAGUUUGCUAAAUUUGUAUGAGAAGAAAACUGACAACAAACAGAAAACUACUGUUGGAUUAGAAGAAUGUAUUUCAAGUGAGUUUGCUAGUUGAGUAAAUGGAAAAUAAACUUACAUUGGUUCCGCUGUUGUUUGGCGCUGCCAUAGGCGAGGAUUGAUCUGCUGACAUCGUCGUAGUGUUGUUGGAGUUUCAAACUGAUACUAACAGAAGGACGCAGUUUUUCGUCAUUAUAUAUUAUCAACUUGAUGAAUAUAGAUGGUAAGAAGUUCAAAGAAAGUAUAUCUGUUUUGUGCAUAUGUUGUAUGCGAAAUUUAGUACAGAUGUGCGGAACACUGAUAAGGAAACGUUUGCAAAUUUCUUAAGGAACGGUCAAAAUGUGUGCACCUUGCAUGUCUCUGUAACGGACUUAACAUCUGCUAGCUGAGUGAAAGAUAUUAAUUUAUUCAUUGUGCAGUGCACAUGCAUACUUAUAUAAUUAUUGCAACCCCCACAUGUUCUGCGUGAUAACAAACUGACAGUUGAUGGUACCGAGCGGCGCAAAAUUAUAAAAGCAUCGAGCGACAUGAUAUUGCUUGCAUUCGAUUAUAGUGUGACGUUUCAUGCACAGUGCAAAUGGACAAGCAACAAUCCGAUAAAGCAGCGGCUGCAACAAGCGAAGAAGCAGUAACACCAACAAACAACACCCUGGUUGAGUCGAUAGCGCACGACAAGGAGGUGGAGGUGGAAAUGGCAAGUGAGGAAUGGUGCGUGGUUGACAGCAGCGAAUCGCCGCCGGCAAAACGUGUGCACUUUUCCACAGCGUGCGAUACGCCAAAACGUGGCGGACGGGGCCACGGCAUUUAUUUUGCCGAUCAACGACGCGUCAUCGCUCAGGGCAGAGGCCGCCAAAUUGAUGUGGCUGGUGUGAGCGCGGACUCAUCAUUGCAACAGUCCAGUCGCAAUAGUGGUCAGCAAGCUGAAGCAUCAUCAUCAUCACUGAUUCUGCUAGACGUGACAAACUCAUCGCAACCGAGGAUCGUGAACGCUACUGCUACUAACAUCGACAACGAAGUUGAAAACAUUGACCCGCAGGAAACAAGCUCUUCAAAGCGGUAAGACGGCAAAAACCUAUUAUUACUAAUACUACUACUACUACUACUAGCAAAAUCAAAAAACUAUGGAUUAUACUAUUGAACGAAGUACUAGCAUAAAUUCGAGUGCAGUUCGCUACAGAUUUGUUUUUAGAAAAAUAUUCAUUGAUGUUGUUCAAACAUUAUUGCAAAUUUUAAAGCCGAAAGUAAUUGAAUUAAUUGUUGAAGAAAGUGAUAAUUUUGACAAAAAUAUUAAAUGGUAUUUUGUUACAACUGUUCAAUUGAAAAAAGUAAAUGUUGAUAGCGGCAGCAGCAGCGAUCAAUCGCAACAAGAAGAAAUCGUUGAAACUAUGACAAACGCAUCGUUUUACAGUUAUACGUCAUUGUUAAUUAAUGUUGAUGAACAAUUAGAUAUUUUGCAAGACCAAUUUAUUAGUGGUGUAGAGAAAAUUGAAUCAACGCUUGAUAAAUUUAUUAGGUACGGCAGUGGUUGGUCUGUAGUUAGAAUCAUUUCAUUUGAUUUGAAUAUUACUCGUUACAAUCCUUUAGCUGGCGGAAAUAGUACAUACAUUGAAACACCUGCUUUUAUAAAAGCAAAAAGAGCCGUUAUAAAUGUAAAAAACACAAAUGAUAGUAAAUGUUUUGUAUGGAGUGUACUUAGCUAUUUUCAUUACAGACGUAGAAAUAUGAAUGUUGACUAUCUGAUGCAAUUUGAAAAUAAUCUAAAUUUGACCGGUAUUAAGUUUCCUACUACAGUGCAUGACAUUAAAAAAUUUGAAGUGCAAAAUUUAAACAUUUCUAUAACAGUGAUUGCUUAUGAUGCUGCUAAAAAAAAGUUUUUCCCGUACCGUUGUUCAAUUUAUAGACAACGCGAACAUAAAAUCAAUCUUCUACUAUUGUCAAAUGAUACAACGCCGAAAAAAUGGCAUUAUGUUCUGAUAAACACGUGUCAAGGGUAUAACGGAUUGUCACGGCUACUGAGUCAUCACUUGUCUUUGCAUAAUGGUCAAGUGUUCAUUUGUCCAUAUUGUUUUAACAAAUUUACAACUAACCGGCAUGCAAAUUGCGAUGGAAAAACCAAUCUAGAAAAACAUAUGGAUUUGUGUUCAACAUUUGCAAUACAAAGAACAGUACUACCUAAACAGGGUGAAAUGUUAAAGUUUAAAAAUUUUUCGUACACACUAAAAAAUAAGUACAUUGCAUUUGCCGAUUUUGAAAGUUUUAUUGUACCAACAAAUAACGGUGAGGAGCUCGAUGACGAUGACGAUGAAAAUGUUGAUGAUUUGCUCGGAACUGAUAUAGGAAAUAGCUUUACAAGGAAAACACAAAAACAUGUUGCUUGCGGCUAUGCGUUUAUUAUUUUAGACGAAUCAGGUGAAAUAUUCUACGGCCCACGCGUUUAUAGAGCUACAAGUGUUGGCGAGAAAAUUAUUGAACAAUUUCUUGAUGAGAUCAUUGCCAUAGGUCGAAACUGUUCCAUUGAUAUGCAACAAGAAGUGCCCAUGAUUGAAUUAAAUGAAGAACAAUUAUUAGCUUUUAACAAUAGUACAGUAUGUUUCUUGUGCAACGAUGAAUUUAAAGCCAACGAAAUUCGUAUUAGGCACCAUUCUCAUACAACAGGCCAUUUUCUCGGUGCAACGCACAAGUCAUGUAAUUUAAAUGCAAAAGCACCAAAACUAUUAAACUGUUUUUUUCAUAAUUUUCGCGGAUAUGAUAGUCAUUUCAUUGUUAAGGCAUUAGCAGGACGAAAGGAGAAAAUUGAUUGUAUUGCAAACUCAUCGGAAAAAUUCCUCACAAUUACAAUAGAUCGAGUACGUUUCCUUGACAGUUUUCAAUUCUUAAGCUCAAGUCUACAGUCACUUGUUGCCAAUCUUGCAAGUGAUACAGAAAACAUUGAUACUAAUUUCAAAGUAAUGUGUAAAAUAUUCAACGAUAAAAAUCAACAAAAACUUUUACUACGUAAAGGCGUGUACCCGUAUCAGUACAUAACAGAUGCUGAAAAAUUUGAAGAACAGCAAUUGCCGGCAAUUGACUCAUUUUACAGUACACUUAGUAAUACAGCAUUGCAAGUAGACGAUUACGAGCAUGCACAGAAAGUUUGGCGCGAAUUUAACAUAAACUCAUUGGGUGAAUAUCAUGAUCUCUACCUUUUGUCAGAUUGCUUACUGCUGGCAGAUAUUUUUCAAAAUUUUAGGACUGUAUUUUUUACAAUUUACAAACUGGAUGUAUCACACUUUGUAUCGUUACCGCAUUUUUCGUUGAAUGCAAUGUUAUAUUUGACUAAAGUACGUUUAGAAUUAAUUAGCAAUGCUGAUAUGAACUUGCUCAUAGAAUCUGGUUUACGCGGUGGUCUGUCAGUUAUUCCCCACCGUCAUGCAGUCGCAAACAAUAAAUAUAUGGGCGCAAAUUAUAACCCAGCUAUUGAAAAUAGUUUUUUGCUCUAUCUUGAUUGUACAAGCUUAUACGCACAUACAAUGAUUGCC